CAUCGUUGCCGCAUUGGCUUUCAGUGUUCAGCGAACAACAAACUGACAAACAAUUCCAGGAACAAUGCAUCAACCUUUCAGCACUUCAAUUUGGCUGCUAUUUGUGGCUAUUGGCGGAGGAGCCCUGGUUGCGGCUCAAGUGCCCUUCCCCGGCCAGUGCCCGGAGGUGAAGAUAAUGGACACAUUUGACUUGGAUGCGUAUAUGGGCAUUUGGUACGAGUAUUCAAAGUAUCCAUUUGCUUUUGAGAUCGGCAAGAAAUGCAUUUACGCAAACUACCAAGUUGUGGACAACAGCACAGUGGCCGUAGUCAAUGGUGCCAUCAACAGAUUGACUGGCAACCCCACAAAUGUAACAGGCACAGCUAAGGUCAUUGCACCUGCACAGCUGGCCGUAACCUUUUCAAAGAACCAGCAUGCGAGCAGGCCCAACUAUCUGGUCUUGGACACCGACUACAGCUCCUAUUCAGUCGUUUACAGCUGCACCAGCCUGACCCCAUUGGCCCAUUUAAAGGUUGUCUGGAUUCUUACCCGCCAGCGUCAGCCUGCAGAAGAGACAAUUACAACGGCCAAAAGUGUACUGGACAGCAACAAGAUAAGUCAAUCGCUGCUGAUCAAUACAAUACAGAACGACAACUGUCCCCAGCUAGAAACAGCCAACGGAACUUUGGCCAUACUCCAAGCGCACGACGAUUUUGUUACCAAUGUGGUGCCGCAGGCGAUUGAGAGUGCCUGAGAUUGGCUUGGACGCUUUUACCAGCGUCUAUUCGACAUAUUUAUGAACCUGUUAAACGACUAAUUUAAAUUUGUUUGAUCUUCCAAAUGUAUAAUAAUGAAAUUACAUAA